UUUUUUUUUUUAAUCUUUCUGGUCUCGGACCUGGUUGGUCAAGAAACGAGGGUUCUCGUGGCGGUGAGGACGGCGUUUGGCAUGCAAGAGACAGGCGAUGGGAUAAAAGCUGUCCAGUUCUGCUUUCUGGAGUUAACGGGGGUUCGCGGUUUGCGGUUUGCUUUUCUUUCCAUCUUCAAAGUUCUGCUUUCUAGAGAUUGUUCUCAGUCCUAGCAUGUUCCCGCUUUUCGUCUUUUUCUGUCUGCUCUUGUUUUCUGUCUCUUCCUCUUCCUUCCAGUCUCCUGCUUUCGCUUCUGUCUAUACCCUCUUAGAUUCCACAAUCUUUUUCUCAUGGGUCAGGGUACGGUCGGGGUUCAGGGCAUGCGACGGUUCAAACUGGUCCUCGGAAAUGGGCGGCAUUUUGGUUUGCUUUGGUUUUCUUGUUUUAGUUUGUUUUGUUUUGGCUUACAGUUAGCAUCAUGACGGGUUAUGAAUAGAGCUUUCUUUCCUCUCUGUCCUCGUUCAUCAAAGCUUUUCCCGAAUCGUCAUCCAGAGAGCGAACAAAGUCCCUUUCGCGUUAUUUCCUGCAGCCUAUGGUACCCUAGGCCCCUGGGCAAUGCCCUCU